AUGGAUGGUGUACAAGAAGCAGGCGCGGAGACUCAAUCAUUCCCAUCUCGGCUGCCUUCGACGGGUAUUAAAACUGAAGAGGCGGGACCGGAUCCCGGACACGGAUAUACUAGAGCGGACGGAAAUUCUCAGCAUCUACGCCAUGCUGAAAUAGCUGAAACAGCGUUGGAGAGGCCACCUCGUAUGGAUAGACGACGAGCGGCUACCCAUACGACUCUUCUACGGAGAUGCCGCCACGGGUUCCAGCAGAAAGGAGCCCAAGACUCUCGCCACAAGGACACUCUGAAGACUUCCCUGAAGUGUCUGCAGAUCAACCCGGCCAACUGGGAAGACCUCACCCAAGACCGACUGACCAAGAGGAAGACGGGGAAGACAGGCGCAACGAUCUACGAGGUCAACUGUAUCACCACUGCCAAAGCCGAACGCGAGGCUGACAAAUUCCAACUGCGAUCAUCUCGCAACGCCAAAGCUCAACAACCCCCGACCUGCCCACGCUGUCCGCGGACGUUCCGGGCACCAGUCGGCCUUGUGGGGCACCUUCGUACCAACUGCGACGCCAAGGCUACAUUAGCUGUUGUCUCCUAG